CCAAAACCAUGUUGUUUGUGCGCACAUCUCGCCUUCUCCUCCUCGGCCUCGCGGCCGCCUCGGCAACCACCGAGCUGACGCCCUCCACGUGGGACGCCAGCCUGGCUUCGGGAAAGUCGCUCUUUGUCAAAUUCUUUGCCCCGUGGUGUGGGCACUGCAAGAAGAUGAAGCCCGACUGGGACAAGCUCGCCGAAGAGCUGGCCGACAGCUCCAAGGUCCUCAUCGCGGACGUCGACUGCACCGCCGACGGCAAGCCGCUCUGCGACGCCAAGGGAGUCAAGGGCUUCCCCACCAUCAAGUACUUUUCGCCGCCCGACGAGGAGGGCGAGGACUACAAGGGCGGCCGCGACUUUGACUCGCUCAAGAAGUUUGCGCUCGAACUCGGCCCCGGCUGCUCGGUGGACGCGCCGGAGAACUGCUCGGACGAGCAGAAGAAGGACCUCGAGAAGUACAUCGCCAUGCCGGCGGAGGAGCGCGACGCCAUGACGGCCGAGCUCAAGAAGACCCUCUCCGACGCCGAGUCGACGCACGAGGCGCUGCUCAAGGAGCUCCAGGCGACGUACAAGGAGUCGAUGGACAAGCUCGAGAAGCUCAAGGAGGAGUCGGCGCCCAAGCUCAAGCUGCUCAAGGCGGCGACGCCCGUGGCGCCGUCCAAGGCCAAGGACGAGGUCUGAGCGUGCGGCGCCCGUGUGCGCUGACUGUGACGUGCGCCCCGCGGGAGAGGGCCCUCGCUCGGGCCCGGACCACCCCGCCGACCUGCUGCCUAUGACGCCGCCCCCCGAAUCCUCCUGCGAGGGCGUGGGCCGGCCGAGAGCAGUGUGGGUCGACGGGCGUCCUCCCUGGGUGCACGCCAGUGGCGCGCUCGCCAUCGCCGCCGCCGCCGCCGCCGCAGUGUCAGCAGCAGCGGCCCGCGCCGCGGAUCGGAGGCUACCGCCCGAUCGGCAUGCGCGGACCUCCGCGCUCGUCACCGCGUGCUGAGACGGUGGUCGUCUGGAUGUGGUCUGCGCCUCUUUCGUUGUGCCUGUGCAACGGCAGGUCUCCCGCCUGCGCGCGCGUGGCAGGGAGGCAGCAGGGGCCAGGGGUUGAUAUUAUAUUAUACCUCGAUAACACCCGAGGUGCACG